ACUCAUUUCCAUAGAAACAAUACAUUAUCAGUCUGUGACUGCAACAUUGAAUUAUUUGAAUGAUUGGUAUCGUUUCACAUUCACGUGUAUUUCUUUAAUCAAGUCUGGAGACAUCUUGUACUCAGAUAUGAAAUUCAGGAAAUGACUCGAAUAGCUUUCUGAUGUUAAUCUAAUCAACAUUUUUUUAUGUCUUGAUUGCUGUCAACAAUUAAAGAGAAAAAUUGAAUUGGAUCUUCUUUUCUUUUGGCAUCAACUACAUUGCUGAACAUGAUCUUGUUUUCGGGGCGAUAAACUUGGUUGCUUAAAUGCUAAACAACAUUAAUAAAUAAAUAAAGAAAGAAACUAACUAAAUUGAGCAUGGCUUAUGCUUCUAAUAAUUUGAGUGUCUUGCGACAAAAAGCAAUGACUUACUAUAAAGAAAAUGGUAUACCCAAAAAAAUAGAAGAAGUUUUGAAUGCUAUGUUUUAUGAAAAUCCAUCUGAUCCAUAUGGUUAUUUAGCUAAUUACUUCAGUGAUUAUGCAGAAUCAUCUAAAUUAAAAAGGAUUUCUGCAUGCAUGGUUUAUGAUGGUCAAGGAUUACCAACUUUAGAGACAAACGUAUAUUGCACUGUUAACAAUAAAGAAAAGCAUAUUUGUUCUACACUCAUUCCAAAUAGAGACAUAAAAAUCUGGUUAGAAGAACGUGAAAAAGCACAAAUUGAAAUCAAAGCUUCAGUCCUUGCAGCCAUUAACUUGAUCAAUUGUGAAUUAAAUGAGACUCUGAAAGGCUUAGAUCCAUUAAAACAGACAGACAUUGAUCAAAUGCUUCUUUCCUUUAUGGAAAAAAAAAGGCAAAUUGAAGAAAAAGAAAAGGAGAAAGAGAAACUGUCUAAUGAAGAAUUACCUGCCCUCUCUGCUAAUGCCACUCCUGCCGUUGCAUCGCAAGUAGCUAAAAAUAAAAGAAAACAAUCAAGAAGCAGUGCUAAGAUUGCAAAGUCUGGAAAUGUUGCACAUAUUCCUGAUAGACCUCUAGAAAUUUUAGUCUCAGGCAGUGAAUCUGUCAUAGCUAUCAGCCAAGCUGUUUGUUUGAGUGCUGCCAUUUCUAACAAUUACAGAAUUUAUCAGCAUGUUGCUAAUCUAAUGCAUCCUAAUGUUUCGGCCAGACAUUAUAGAAUCCCUCUGCCUAUGAUAACAAUUCUACACGGUGGUAAGGGUGUCGCUGGAAAACAAAAUUUGAUCAAAGAAUUCAUGGUAGUUCCAGGUAUUAACAUGCCAUUUGAAAAGGGCUUACAACAGAUAGCCAAUAUAAACAGUCAUGUAUCCAAGACUCUUUCUUCAAAGUUUGGUGCUGCAGUAAAAUAUGUCAAUGAAAAUGGAACCCUGUGUCCACCAUUAGAUCAGCCCAAUCAAGGUUUAGAUCUGAUCAUUGAAGCCAUUCAUGCCCAAGGACUUACUGUAAAUAAAGAUAUGCACCUUGCUAUCAACAUUGCUGCACAUGAGUUUUUUGAUCAUGAUAAAGGUAAAUAUGAAGUCACUGAGUCAACAUGGAAAAGCUCAGAAGAAAUGGUCCCUUAUACAUCUGAGCUUUUAACUAAAUACCCUUCUAUUGUUGCUGUGAUUGAUCCUUUAAGGGGAGAGAAUUUUCAAAAAUACUCUGAGGAAUCUGAGACCUGGAUAAAACUUUGUGACAAAGUAAGCAAGUCAGUCUACAUAGUGGGAGAUAACUUUUACAGCAGGCCAGGUUUAUUGAUUAAAGAACCUGCACCAAUUUCAGCAUUUACCAGUGGAAUUGUGAUGCGCCUGGAAAGACUAAACACAUUGUCUGACAUCAUUACUUGUGCUAAACUUUAUCAGGCUCUAAAAAAUGAGAUAAUAAUUUCAACUAAUGACUUUGAGACCACUGACACAUUUUUGGUUGACUUUUCUGUAGGAAUCAAGGCAAGGUUUUUGAAACUAGGAGGCAUUCAUACUGGUGAAAGGUGUUGUAAAAUAAAUCGUAUGCUUCAGAUUUACAGGGAGCUGGAGCAUCCAGAGAUAAAAUUUGUUGAGGAACCAUCAGAAUCUGAAACUGUUGCUGGAGAAACAGAAGAACAGGUGACCAUUAGAUACACGGUUGGCAGCCAAGAGGAGCCAAUUGUAGAGACAGUUGAAGAGAAAGAAGAGGCUGAAAUAAUUAAAGUGCCUACACCUGAGCCAGAGGAUGAUGGCAAAUUUCAUCUAAAACUGCAUGAGUCUUUUGAAUUUCCACAAAUCAAUUACCCAACUCUUCAAAAUGUUGAGCCUGUUGACGCUGAAUCAGUGGAGCAAAACAGCUGAUUUGUUUCAUCAAAUUUAUUUUGUUUACAAAGAAAUGAAAGGAAAACUAUUUCAGAUGUUAUUUUUGUCUUUAGUGUCACUCAACUAAAAAGUUUACAAUAUAAUUGGAAAAAUAUUUAAACAAAUGUCAUGGGACCACAUUUAGAACUUGUCUAUAUGUAUAUAUUUUAAAUAUAUAUAAUUUAUUAUAUAA